GGGGACCAGGGGAGGAGGUGAUUUUCCUCGCUGCUCUGGCUCGCGCUUUUUUUUUCUUUUCCUUUCCCCGUUUUUUUUUUUUUUUUUUUAAAUUUCCCCCCUCUCGCGCCCUAAGGGAGUUUGCGGAGAGCCGGGCUCCUCCGUUCCCGGCUGUGCCGCCGCCGCCUCUCACCGCCAGCCCCCGCCCGCGGCUCCGCACGGCCGCGGGGCAGCGCCAUGGGCGCCGGCAGCUCCGCCGAGCCGGCCCCGCAGGACGGGGCCGGGGCCGCCGCCGAGCCCCCCAGCACGCCCCCGGAGCCGCUGCCGGCAGAAGACGCGGCGGAGCCGCAGCCACCGGUGGAGCCCGCCAAGGCUUUAAAUGCAACUUUACCUGAUGUUAGUGAAGACAAUGUGAAGCAUGAUGCUUCACCACAGGAGCCACUGCAGCUGGGAGCUGUUACAGCAUCCAAGGAACUGGGUGGGCAGCAGUCAGAGGUGGCUUCACCACUCCAAGAGCCACCCAGAGAGCAAACAGAGUCUGCUGGAACAGAUGUUGGACAAACAGAACAUUCCAGUGUAACACUGAAGGAAGACACUGAAACUAUGGAGACGAAUCCAUCUGACUCGGGCACCAAAGAUAGUGUAGAUGCUGAGAAGGAGGAUUCAAUUAAGCAGUUGCCAGCUUUGGAAGAAGUUGCAGAAGACCAGGUGGCAGAGCCACAGUCAUAUGAUCUGGGUUUUAAAAAGGUUUUUAAAUUUGUUGGGUUCAGAUUCACAGUGAAGAAGGAAAAGACAGGAAAAUCAGAACCAGUUCAGCUGCUUACUGUAAAAAAGGAAACACAGGUCCCUGAAGGAGCUGAUGAUCAAAAAGAAGUCGACUCAGGAGAAGCAGCUGUGCCUGAGGAUGGACUCUCUGCAGAAGACAAUACCAAAGAUACACUGAAAAAUGAAAAAACAGAAGAUGAAUCUCCUAAAAUACCAGAAGCAAAUGAGACUUCUUCUCAGCCAGCUGCUUUAGCCACUGAAACUGCAUCACCAUUAAGAAAACUUUUUACUCAAGGAUGGACUGGAUUUAGGAAAAAGAAGAGUUUUAGGAAGCCUAAAGAAGAUGAGCAGCAGUCUCCUGUGAAAGAAGAGGAGGAAGAAAAAGAGGGGACAAAAAUAACAACUGAAAUCAGUGAAAAGGAGGAGAAACCUGAGUCUGAGAAGCAAGAUGAUGAGAGGAAUGUGACAGCAGUAUCUAUUGAAGCACAUGAAAAGGAGCAAACUGAAGGUGAAACACAGGAGUCAGAAAAGACUUCAGCAGCCAUAGGAGUAGAAGGAAGUGAAAAGAAAGAGGUAGUCAAGCAUGAUGAGCAGGGACAAAAAGAAGGCCUGGCAUCAGUAGCAGCUGUAAAAGAAAGUGCAGAGGGAAAAAAAGAUGAAGAUGAUCAAGAAAGGAAACUGGUUGAAGUCUCGGAAAAUCUUGGUAAAGAGGAAGAAAAAACUGAAGAAGGAGAGAAAGAAGAUGAGGUGAUAGAAAAACCACUAAAAACAAAGUUAGUGGUACCUCUUGUCACUGAGAGUGUGAAUGGAGAAUUGAAAACAUCCUCAAACGUUCUACCUGUGGGAGAAAAACUGGAGCCAGUGGAGAAGUGUGAAAUAGAUCACAGAACUGAAAUAGCCUCUGAAGAGACAUUUGAAACAGGAUCUGUGGCAGUGGAAAUUUCUAGUGAUCACCUUAAAAAAUCUGAAGGAAGCGAAGGAAGUAAACCUGUUCUACUUGGGAAAGAGGCAUUAGAGGAAAAAACAGAGGAAGCAGAAUUGAAAAUGUCACCCACAGCAGAUGAUGUUGCACAGGGAGAAGCUGUGGAUCAAAGCACAGAGAAGAAGGAAAGCGAAGAACAUGAAAUAAAGUCACCUCUGAGUGCUCCUGAAUCAAAGUCCUUUUCUACUUCUGAACAUUCUGUUGACACAGAGGAUACUCAACAGUCAGUCAUAUCCACUGAUGAAGGACUACAGGGAAAACCUGGCACAGAUGCGACUGAUACUGUCAAACCAGAUGAAACAACCAUGGAAAUAACUUCGGAAGAGGCAACUGGAAAGAGGCCUCAAGAAGGUAUCACAAGUGAAGUGGAACUCUUGUCUUCUCAAGAAAAGGCUAAACUACAAGGCAGCCCUUUAAAAAAACUCUUUACAGGUACUGGAUUGAAAAAACUGUCUGGAAAGAAGCAGAAAGGAAAAAGAGAAGAAUCUAAGUUAGGGGAACAGAAUGAACCAAUUCAGCACUUAUCAGAUUCCCCAGAUAGCCCAGAAGAACAAAAGGGGGAGAGCUCUGCUUCUUCUCCUGAGGAGAUGAAUGAAAUUCCCUCUUUGGAAAAAUCUGGAGAUGGAAUGCAGGUCACUGAAAGUGAAGAUGCCACAAUUCCAGAUGUGGAGCGAAAAAGAGAAACUGUUACACCUUGGGCAUCAUUUAAAAAGAUGGUGACUCCCAAGAAACGUGUCAGAAGGCCUUCUGAAAGCGAUAAAGAAGAAGAAAUUGAUAAAACAAAGAGUGUACCAGUAUCUGCAACUGAAAAUGUUGUUGAUGAAAUUCAGGGAGAAAUAAAAGAAAAUGGGAUUGACCAGAAAGCAGAGAAAACUACAGAAGAGCCCAAAAGAAAAGUUGAUGCCUCUGUGUCCUGGGAAACUUUUAUAUGUGUAGGCUCUUCAAAGAAAAGAGCCAGGAAGUCAUCAUCAUCUGAUGAAGAAAGCCAAAAAGUAGAAGAGUCUGGACAGAGCAAAGAAACAGCAACGGAUGCAGUUCUUACUAGCUCUCAGGAGAGUGAUCAAGGACAAGGGAAUUCUUCCCCAGAACAAGCUGGAAGCCCAUCUGAAAGUGAAGGUAUUUCAACAUGGGAAUCAUUUAAAAGGUUAGUUACUCCAAGAAGGAGAUCCAAAACCAGAAUGGAAGAGAGAAGUGAAGACUCUGUUGUGGGAUCUAGCCUGGAACAUUCAACAUCAGAUGGUGAGCCUGGAAAAGAUGAAUCGUGGGUUCCAUUUAGAAAACUGAUGCCUGGGCGUAGGAAGAAAAAGUCAGAUGGAAAGCCAGAACCAGCCCAUCUUAAACAAGCAAGAGAAGACAUGGCAGAAACAGCUGAAGAAGAUUCUGAUAUUCCAGCUGUUGUUCCUUUAUCUGAAUAUGAAGCAGCAGAACAGGAGAAAAUGGAAGCCCAACGAGCGAAAGAUGCUGAAGCGAUGAGAGAAGGAACUUCAGAGGAAGAGAGAGCAGAAAAGUUAGAGGAGACCCCGAGGAUGGACAAAGGAUCUGAAGGGCUGGUACAUGCAGUUGCUGUUACCAUUGUGGAAGAAGAAAGGGCAGUGAGCAGCAUUGAGGAAAGGUCACCAUCGUGGAUAUCUGCUGCUCUGACAGAGUGCAUUGAGCAGGCAAGAGAAGAGGAAGAGAAAGAAACUCAGAAAACAGCUGAACUAGGUGUUACUGUGGAGGAUGCGGUGGUAGCUGCUAAGACAGUGCCAGAGACUAGAAAGGAUGUAAGUGAUGAUACCACAGCAAGUGAACUGGAGCUAACCUCUGAAGCAGUGACUGCUCUGGAGACAGCAGAAGCUUCCUGUGCUGAAGAAACAAUGGAAGUGUCCCUUGCUGAGGAGACAACUGAGAUGGUUUCUGCUGUUUCACAGUUGUUAGAAACCCCAGAUACUACAGAGGAAGCUACACCAGUUCAAGAAGUAGAGGCCACUGAACAAAAUUUGAAAGAAUUGGAGAAACAGACACAAAAAGUUCUUCAUGAAGUUGCUGAAAGAGUCAAGUCAGAUGUAACACAGCUGGUUAGUGAAAGAGCUGUAGCAGAAACUAUAAUGACAACAGCACAGGGACUUGAGUCAGAAGUGAAAGGUGGUGCUAAAGACGGGAGCGUUGUAGGCCAGGAAACUGCUGUGCUUGAACAGUCCUUGGAAGAUGAACACGAAGAGGAUGGCCCCCAGCCCCAGCAAAGUGCAGGGAGCAUUCAGGGCCAAAACAGAGUUGAAGAGAGUGUUUUACCUGCAGGAUCAGAGAAAAGUGAAAUACCUUCUGUGACGGAAGAAAGCAUGGAAGGACAUCAAGGAUAUGUAGAAGACCAUAAAGAAGUAAAUGAAGUGCAGAAGACACCAGAGGAAACUUUAUCACAUGACAAAGAGUUUCACAGCAUCAAAGCCAUCUCUCCCAAGGAAGAGCUGUUUGCAAAGCAGGAGCCUUCAGAGCAGGAGAAACUGCCCGUAACAGAGUUGACACUGGAUGAGACAAGAGAUGAAUGUGCUCCAGAAGGAAAGGCUGCAGUUCAGGACAAUACAGAGAAGGAAACCUUGUCCUUGGGGCUAACAGCUGAAAAGCCUGUGCAGCUUGGAGGAGAGGACAGAAUGCUCACUGUGGGACCUGAGUGCACAGAAGCAGUUGUCACUAUGGUCCCUGUUAAAACUGAAAAACAAGAUGGAAUUCCUGAAUCAGAAGAGCAGGUUUGUACUAAAGGAGGUCCUAGCAGGGCACCUGCCCUGAGAGAAGAAGGUGAUGCUGUGCUCAAUGGAGUAAAAAGCACAGAAGUCACUGUUCCUGAGGUUCUACUGCAGAGUGAGGGAAAAACCUCUGCUAUUCUUUCAAAAACAGUUGGCUCAGAAGCAGCUGCAGAUGCUGAGCAGAGCGUGAGCGAUGGGUGUGACAGGGACAUUGCUGCAAAAGAUUCUGUGUCUGUCAUAGAGCCACAGUGUAGAGACAAAACAACUGAAACCCUUUCCAAGAGCGAUGAAGCCAGAGGUGGCGAAGUGGAAAGUGCUGUGCUCAAAUCUGAAACACAGCUGGAGAGCACUUCCGUUGUUGCUGAGGCUUCCAUGCAGAUUGAAGCAGAUGAAGCAUCUAAUUUAGCAUCAACAUGCCCAAAGAUUGUUGAAAAUGGAAGUUCUGUUAUCACUGAUACAAGUCCUAAGAAAUGUGAAACACCCAGCAUCUUGGCUGGAGAAGAGACUGUGGGAAAAGGACAAGAACUUGAAGAAACCUUGAACUAUCAAGACUUCCAGAAAGAAGAUAAGAAAAAUGAGCAAUUGCUGGAAGAAGCCAAAGAAGUAUUUGAAUAUGAAAAACAGGAAGCUGUGAGGUGUGAUGAAUGUUUAACUGCUGUCCAGCAAGAGGAAGGCUCUGACUCAGCCUUUGCACAGGCUAAAAGCCUGGGAGCUCUGAAAACACCUGUGGCUCUAGCAGCUGCAGCAGGUGGAGAACAUAUCGUGGCAGAAACUGUGACAUGCACAGACAUGACAGCCAAAACUGCACAGCCCUUGGCAGCCACACCAGAGCAAAUGGCUUCUGAAGAGGUUCCAGUUUCUAAUAUAGACUGUGGGACUGUAGAGCUUGGUAGUGUGGAGGCACCCAAGCCUAGAGUAACUUGUGCUUCCAUGAAUGGAGUAUCAGAAGAGCAAGAACAGCCCCAGAGCACAGGGCAAGCUGAACACAAUGGUAUUCCUUCCAGUCACAGUCUGUCUCCCAGCCACCCGGAAUUUCAGGAGCAUGUUGUUCAGUCUGUGAUCAUAGAGUCCCAGAGCACAAAAAUUGUAUUGAAUGCCAUCCAGUCAGCUGUUCACAAACUUGCAGAAACAGAAGAGUCAGCUGCCUUAGAGUCAGAGCAGAGCAUUAAGUCCAUAGGGAGAAGCCCAUCAGAUACGAUUGUACCUGAGCUUCUGGGAAGUAUGCAGGUAGAUCAACAGCUUCUAGUAAAAGAGGAAGAGAUAGGAAGUAAAGAACAAGAGCUCAAGCAACCAGGAAUAGCAAAAACUGCUACCUUAACUGAGUCUGCAGAAAUUCAUACAGCUGUGGAAAAAACAAAGGACAUGCCUUUAACUUCUGAGAUGCUGAAAGAUGGACAGAGUCAGAAUUCUUUAACAGUUGUGACAAGCCCUGAAGAUGUUUCAAGGGGAAGUGUGAGACUUCAGAAAUCAACCCUAGAACAAAGUACUUCAGAAGAUUCAACCAAAGACAUCCUAGACAUACACGCACCAAAAUUAAGGGAAAAAGAGGUUGGGUACAUUAUGGAAAUCUCAGACCAACAUACAGGACAGCAGACAUGCAGAGAAAGUGAAGAUCAACCAUAUCGUCCACCAGUGGAAGACGGGAAAACACAAAUUUGGGAGGAUGACAGUUGUCAAGAAGGAACAUCUUAUGAUAGACAAAGUCAGAACUCAGUGGCUCUGACGCCUUGA